AUGCAGGACAUUAUUGACCAUUUACCCAAAUUCCCUGAAAUCCAACAACAAAAACUAACUAUUCCUGAAUUCGACGAAAUUGAAGUCAAAGCAACUGACUCAGUAGAAAUUAAGAAAUUCAUACGUAAAGUAAAUUAUGAAUUCCUUGGUUUUCAUUGCAACCAUAAAGUUAUGGACAAAGAUUGCGAUAUGGUAUAUAAGAACAUCUCUGACAUAUAUAAAUCUGAAGAAUUUAAGACAUACGAUAACUUUGUUACAUUAGUUGCAAGAUGUGUAUGGCAGAUAAGAGAUAAAGAUAGAAGAGGUAAAGUAUGGAAUGAACAGAUAAAACCAGCAGCCUUUGAGUUAAAGAAAACCAUUGACGCCUUAGUUGUUCUAGCUGGUUUUAUUUCAAUGUAUAACACAAAAAUGAACCCGCAAUGUUCUAAAUGUAAAGCAGCAAUGAGGAAAUAUAACUACUCCGUCAAAGAGAUAGAAAGAAUGAGAAACGACUAUGCAGACUUAAAGAAAGAAGCAGAAAAGCCAGCAGAAGAUAAAAUGGAUAUGUUGACAUUUCUGAACAAAAACUAUCCAACAGCUGAUGAUUUCCUUUUAUCUGAUGUCAAGAAGAAGUAUAAAGAAACCUUCGGCAUUGUUAAAAUUUUUGAUAUAUUAACUGAAGAAAUAGAAGCUACAAAAAUAUUUGAAAUUUCACGAAUUCAUAACGUAUAUCACGUUAAACGUUUGUAA